UAGAUGAGAAUGAGAGAUGUUCGUAUUGGCUUUUAAGAAACGCAAAUUCUUCACAAAACCAAAUCGUUACACUCACUACUAAUCGCAACCCAAACAGCCCUCCUUCCUUGCAUUAGUAGUAGAAAAUAUGGCGGCAACGGUGAGCGCGUGGGGAAAGCCUGGCGCGUGGGCAUUGGAUGCCGAACAGAAUGAGUCCGCGCUUCUCCACCAGACCCAGGAGGAUCAUUCCGCCGCUGAAACGCCUGAUUUUCCGUCACUCUCCGCCGGCGCCUCCUCCAAGACUAAGAAGAAGAAGCCUCAGGCGCUGUCGCUUCAGGAAUUCUCGGCCUACAGCUCCGGAAAGCCCAAGGGAUUGACUCACGAUGAGCUAUCGGCGCUUCCCACCGGUCCGCGCGAGCGCUCCGCCGAGGAGCUCGACCGGAAUAAGCUCGGCGGCGGUUUUAGAUCCUACGGCGGCAGGGAUGAGCAGCCGCGCCGUCAGGGGAGCUUCAAUCGGGAAUUAGCGCCUUCUAGGGCUGACGAGACUGAUGAUUGGGGCGCGAAUAAGAAAUCUUCUGCGAAUUCUGGAUCUGAGAGGAGAGAGCGAGGGGGUUUCUUUGGGGAUUCGCAAUCGCGGGCGGAUGAGGUCGAUAAUUGGGCGACAAAUAAGAAUUCGGAGGCGAGGAGGUAUGAGAAGAGAGGCGGAUUGGGGAUGGAAUCGGGUGAUGGUGGUUCUGAUUCGAGUAAUUGGGGGAAGAGGAGCGGUGGAGCUUUUGAUAGCUUGAGGGAUAGAAGAGGCGGAAUGGAGGCGGAUCCGGAGAGCUGGGGGAGGAAGAGAGAAGAAAGCGGCGGCAAUAGGCCGAGGUUGAAUCUGCAGCCAAGGACGCUGCCAGUGAAUGAGGAAGGCAGUAAUAGUGCUGUGAAGUCCAAGGGGAGCAGCAAUCCAUUUGGUGAGGCGAGGCCGAGGGAGGAGGUGCUCAAGGACAAGGCUCAAGAUAUCAAGCAAAUUGAGGAGAGGCUCGAGGGCGUUAGCGUUGAUUCUGCAGAGAGCGUUUGGAGGAAGCCGGGAUCGGUUGAUCCUCCACAGAGUGCUGGUGAAACUGAAGCUGACAACGAUGAUUCUGAGAAUAAGGAUUGUGAAAUAUGAUGCUUAUGGAAAUAAGGUGGAUCGGCUUUGAGUUUUGUCAUAAAGAGAUGUGAUGAUGCACUGAUAAACAUAACACUAUAGUUUGUGUAAUUCCCUUUACCUUGUGCACUAACUUUAUAAUAAAGCCACAACUUUAGUAACA